AUGCAAAAUUCAAAGCGCCCGCCUACCCCGACCACUGGGCGCAAGACGCGCUCGAUGACAGGCUCACUGAAGCCGCCACUCUCUCUAAGCUUGAAUCGCCGACGCACGCCAACACCGCCGCUCAACCUCCGCUCCGCGACCCCACCACCUUUCGUCAACCCGAGCACAAUCCAUCCCCUCCUGGCCAGCACGCUCUACAACCCCAUCGGCGAGCCCACCACCCCAUUCGAGCCUCCCGACCACCGCACCGUACUGCCGCCGCGCUCCGCACUCCGCAUCUCGCGUCAUGUCGCAGCGAUCACUGAGCCCGCUGAUGUCCAGGACGCCACGGCAAACCAAGACGGACCGGCGAACCAAGAACCCAGCACGUCCUCAGCCGUCGUGACGGACGAAGACGGCCCUACGAACGAAGACGGCACUGCAGCCCAAGACACUACAGCGGGCGUCACCGCGUCGCCGACGCCAACCACGCCAACCACGCCACUCCCACAUCUCCAACACAAACCACGCACAGCAUUCCGCCUCCUCGGCCACGAGCACCUGCUCUCGCUCCUCGAGACGGCAACCAUCAACGCAGACGCCUUCGCCCAAGCCGUAACGGACGCACUGACCCUCCUGCGCGUCGAGAGCCCCGCGCGCGUUGUCGCGAUGAACGCCUACGGCCGCGCAAACCCGUGGAUGCUGCGCGCGAGAGGCCCGCUGCAUGAGGACGAGCACUGGGCUGUGAUGCUGCUGGAGAGGGCACUCAGUGACGGGACUACGGCUGAGGAGAAGAGGGAGCUUGUUGAGGCCGCGAUUGCGAGGUUGGUUUGGAGUGAGAGUGAGGAUGGGGAUGAGGGUGGAGAUGUUGGUAUGGAUUGUUAUGGUGAUGGUUAUGGUGAGGGCGAAUUUAAGAUUGAGGAGUUGGAUACCGAAGAGCUGGAGGAGAUUGUUGCUGCUGGUGGGGAUCAUGAGAUAGAUUUCGAUGUUGCGAUGGAAGAGGAGUGA